AGAGCGCAGUGUCGUCCGAUACGCCGUCGCGCACCGUCGUGCGAGAUCGCGAUCGAGAGACGCUCGCGUGUAUCGGUGAUCCAUCAUCGCGGGGACACAUUUCCGAUGAGGUGACGGUGGACCUCAUCAUAUUCACCAACGCGAUGCGCGGAAACCAUUUGGUUUUCGACUACUUCUAAGGUUCUACAUCCCGUUUCUAUUUCAAGUAGCGGUCCGCGGAAGUUUAUUCAUUGUCAUUUCGAAAUAACGUCCCGUGAUAAUCUUUACUGACGCGGCACACGAGCGGAGCGUGAUCUUUCUGUGCAUUUCAAUAUAUAGAGUGUAACUAAAAUUUACUUUUGUGUUGUCUUAACGGGUAAGUCCGGUUUGGUUGUUGGAAAAGAGUGGAGUACCCUUACUCCCGUGGAUUGGUAUUUGUUUUUUUUUUUUACCUGGAGUCCCAUUGGCUAGACGGUUUCGCAAACUCGGUAUAAGAAUUGCAGCACGGUACUGUGAAGUAAUACAUUCAUCCCGCGAGGAAACAGAUUAUCGCAAAGAACACCACGAGGGAACUCGCAGCGAUACUCACUGCUGAUCGCCGCACGACACCAAGAUGGAUACGUCAUCAGCGAAUGGUACCAGAGCCAAUGGUCUCCUAUAUUUGAAGAAUGGAGUGGAUUAUAUCAAUCCUGGUGAAGAGGACCAGAUGGAAAUUUACGGUUAUAAACGAAACCGCACGCGGACUGUUAUUAUCUGGUUCCUGAUCAUUAUCACCGGGGGUCUCCUGAGGCUGAUAUUUCAUUGGGUGCCGCAUUUCAUGCUCCUAGCUACCCACACCAAAUGUCCUUUAGAAGAGGCAGAAACCGUUUUGCUGAUUGAGAAAUUUCAAGGCAAACACACGAGUUAUUACGUGAAGAAGCUGAGGAACUUGACUGCUCAGGAAGUUAUUAACAAGUCCUUUCACGAAGAAUCUCUGAUUGAUGAAGCAUGGGAUGGCAGUGUAAUAACCACCAAAGAAGAGAAGGAAACCUACCCGAUGUUAUCCGUGCAUCUUUGCGGGGGUCAAUUCAAACAGGUGCCAUCCAUAACCAUCUUCAAUUGCAAGAAAUUGACAUACGUCUGGGACCAGGAGAGAUCGGAAUUUCUGAAACUGCGUGGCCUCGAUACCGACGUUCUAAUAUCCACGUUGCAUCAAGCACAAGGUCUCGGUUCUCAAGAACAAUACAUGAGGCGGAACGUCUACGGCAAUAAUGAGAUCGUAAUUCCCGUGAAGAGCAUAUUCACGUUGCUCUGCCUCGAGGUACUCAACCCGUUUUACGUCUUCCAACUAUUUAGUUUUUGUCUGUGGGUCGCGGACGACUAUUAUUACUACGCUAUGGUCAUUCUGGCGAUGUCAAGUGCUGGCAUUAUAAUGGCAGUCUUCCAGACGCGACGUAAUCAGCACAAUUUACGCUCGACGGUGCAUUCAUCCGACGUCGCCACGGUCAUGCGAGAUCGUACCACCGGUCAAACUGCAGUAGUGCCGGCUGAACGCUUGGUGCCGGGCGACGUCUUGGUCAUUCCAUCACAUGGAUGCCUAAUGCCGUGCGACGCUGUGCUGCUGACCGGCAACUGUAUCCUCAAUGAGUCUAUGUUGACGGGCGAAUCUGUACCUGUCACGAAAACGCCAGUUCCUUCUUCCAACGAUGUGAUAUAUAAUACCAAAGAACAUGCUAGGCAUACGCUCUUCUGCGGUACCAGAAUCAUUCAGACGAGAUACUAUGGCAGUGAGAAGGUAUUGGCGGUAGUCAUCAGAACAGGUUUCAACACCAGCAAAGGUGACCUGGUUCGAUCAAUCAUGUAUCCCCCGCCCGUGGAUUUCAAGUUUGAACAGGACUCGUACAAGUUCGUUAUACUGUUAGCGUGCAUAGCCAGCAUCGGCGUCAUUUAUACAAUCGUGACGAAGAUACUGAGAGGCGUUCAUGGCAGUCAUAUUGCUUUGGAAGCAUUAGAUCUUAUCACUAUUGUGGUGCCGCCGGCAUUGCCAGCCGCCAUGACAGUCGGACGUCUCGUGGCGCAGCGUAGAUUAAAAAAGAACCAAAUAUAUUGCACAAGCCCAAGAACAAUUAAUGUGUCGGGAUCCAUCGAUUGCAUUUGCUUCGACAAGACUGGAACGUUGACCGAAGACGGUCUGGAUAUGUGGGGUGUAGUGAGCGUAUCAGAAGGGAAGUUUCAGUUGCCCGUCAAAGAUAUCGCUAGUCUACCACUAUCCGAAGUCCUUAUUGGCAUGGUUACAUGCCACGGAAUCACCAUAAUCGAUAACCAAUUGGUAGGAGAUCCGCUUGAUCUAAAAAUGUUUGAAUCCACUGGAUGGACAUUGGAGGAACCUGACGUAUCCGAUACAUCUAAAUUCUCGAUGCUUUUCCCGACGAUUGUCAAGCCAGCGAAGGAUUCCAAGCUUCUUAAGAGACUGCCCAACGACUUUUGCGAUACGCUCAGUCGACAAAACUCUAUGUCUUCCGACGUGAUAGACGGAAUAUCUCUUAACAACCUCCGUUCGGACGCUACAUUCGGUGAUUCUACGACAGAAUUGGGCGAGCAAGGACUAGAAGUUGGUAUUGUCCGGCAGUUUCCCUUUACAUCGAGUCUUCAGAGAAUGAGCGUGAUCACCAGAACGUUGGGCGCAAAUCACUACGAUCUAUAUUGCAAGGGCAGUCCGGAAAUGAUCCUCAGUCUCUCAAGAGCAGAAUCCAUUCCUCCAGAUUUUAUGGCCGUUUUACAAGAAUAUACAUCCGAGGGGUACCGAGUGAUCGCUCUUGCACACAAAUCUCUGAACCGUCUUCCGUACAUCAAGGUGCAGCGUAUAAAUCGUGAAGCUGCCGAGACUGAUUUGACAUUUUUGGGACUUAUAGUUAUGGAGAAUCGACUGAAGCCCGAAACCUCCCCGGUGAUAGCCGAACUGAACACCGCUUGCAUCAAAACAGUAAUGGUGACGGGCGACAAUAUGUUGACUGCACUCUCAGUAGCUAGAGAUUGCGAUAUUGUAAAACCAGGCACGCCGGUGAUCGCCGUCUCAACGAAUCAGCAGAAUCAGUCGAAACCGCAGAUCUACUUCACAAAAAGUGACAGUCAACCGUCACCGACUUCACCGAACGGUCAGCCUGAUCUCAGUGAAAUGACCGAUCUGAACAGUGUGGUUAGUUUGGAAACCGUUGAGAGCGGCUCCUUCGGCAACACUAAGUUAGAGAACGAUGUCAAUUAUCUAUCGGACAAUGUACAAUAUUCCAAGAACAAGUAUGUGUUUGCGCUAACGGGAAAAACGUGGGCGUUAAUAAAGCAGUAUUAUCCUGAACUGAUACCCAAGGUGGUCACCCGCGGUGCCAUUUUCGCGAGAAUGUCGCCCGAUCAGAAGCAACAGUUGGUUCAAGAACUGCAGUCUUUAGGAUACUACGUUGCCAUGGUGGGAGACGGCGCCAACGAUUGCGGCGCGUUGAAAGCUGCGCACACUGGGAUAUCCUUAUCGGACACGGAAUCUUCCGUUGCCUCACCUUUUACCAGCCGCGAGACUAACAUCUCCUGUGUUCUGACAGUGAUACGUGAGGGUCGUGCCGCACUGGUGACCUCCUUCGGCAUUUUUAAAUACAUGGCUGGUUACUCGCUCACGCAAUUUAUCUCGGUGAUGCUUCUCUACAGCAUCGAGUCAAAUCUGACGGACAUCGAGUUUCUGUACAUUGAUCUUUUUAUCAUUUCCAUAUUUGCUUUCUUUUUCGGUCGUACCGAGGCCUACGAGGGCCCGUUAGUGAAAAUGGCACCGCUCAAUAGCCUCAUCAGCACAUCGCCAAUACUCAGUCUGGUUACCCAACUUCUGAUCGUCGCUACCUUCCAAUAUCUGAGCCUCUGGCAUUUACGGCAGAUGCCGUGGUUUGUGCCGUUCAAUGCGGCCGCAACCGAGAAUAAGGAUGACGUCGGCUGUUUGGAGAAUUACACCGUCUUCAUCGUCAGUUCCAUGCAGUACAUCAUUCUGGCGGUCGCGUUUUCUAAAGGGCCGCCAUACAGAAAGUCCCUCUUCACCAAUUAUGGCCUACUCACCUCUUUCGUGUUCCUUAGUCUCUUCUCCAUCUACCUUGGAAUAUGUCCCUUCGAUUGGCUGGCCAAUUGGUUCGAGCUCGUGCUGCCCAACGAUCUGGGCUUUCGCUUCAUGCUGGUUGGUUAUGGCGUGACGAAUUUCGUGAUUGCGCUACUGGCCGAGUAUCUCUUUGUGGAGUACCUCGUGUUCGGCAAACUGCGCUAUCGCUGGCACAACGUCGAUAAAUCCCGACGGAAGUUCCUGGCCAUCGAACGUGACAUGGCGCGCGACCUCAAGUGGCCGCCGAUCUCUCAGGAGCCGCUACCGGAGGUGGCGCCGAAUUUAUUGAUCCGGCAGAACGUCACCGAGAUCAAGAUCGAGAAACGGAUCACCGAACCCGAUACCAGUUUCAUGAACAGUUCGCCGAUUUGCGCCGGAUUCAAGCAUUUCGGGUCCGCUCGCGAGGUCACUUUGAAUCCCAGAUCGCUUUUCAAUGACUGCCGAAACACGGUAUCGAUGCAGACGGUGCCGUGUUUCGAGGACAAGGACUCGUCGCCGAAGCAAUCGAAUGCGGAAACCGCGGUGAAGCGACGGCACAAUUCGGAAUCGGCGAAUGGCAUCAAUCGUUACGAGAAGCCCUACAUGAAUCACAAUACCAAUCCCAUUGCCACGCUUCCCAGAAAUCCGAACGCGACCCUUCAACCGCAGAAGCUCAGGGAGUUCAAGGACGUUCUAGUGCACAAGAGCGACGAUCGAGUGUCGUCCAACGCUCGGAAUGUGCUUGAAUUAGAUAUCUUGCCAUCCUGAGGUCUGAAGCACUCGAAAGAUAGAUCGAGAGGUAGCUGAACAUCUGGAAAUCAAUCGGACUAAAUUAAUGUAGUGUAUUAUUUGACCUCUGUUUCUAAUCGACGCAUUUAGGGCGAUUGAAGUGAUAAUUCCCUUAUGAAAAAAUACUAUUGGACUAUUGGACUAUUCGCCAAAAAACUACUGAAAACUAAGGAAACUGAUAGUGUGUCCAAUAGUAUUACUAUUAGUUCCAAUAGUUUUCAGUAGUUUUUUCGCGAACAGUCCAAUAGCUCAAUAGUACUUUUUCAUAAGGGUUGCGAUUGAUAUGAAGCGUAAUCUGAAAGACCCGACACGGCGACUUCGCGUUUUCGAACGUCUUAUACUCUUGUAAUCUCGACUUUCGAUAAACUCUCCUUCCAUUCGGUAUUUGUGAUAGUCAGAAUACGUGUUUGAUGUUGAUCAUGAUGACGAUUAGUUUUAUGCAAAAAAGUAAACGGCGCGGCGCCCGGCUAGAAUUCUACAUUCGAUCAGGCAAAUUCUGAGCCGAUGCAUUUAGCUAACACGAUAACGAUAGCUACGGCUUGGUGAUUAAUGACGUUACUUAAGCUACAUGUUAUAGGAAUAAAUCGGAAGUUAGAGCAGCAUUGACGCUGUUUAGUCAUUACUUGCGAUCUCUAGCUAUUUAAUUAGACCUGAUUAUUCUUUUGUAGAGCAGAUUCUUCUUUCGCCUGGCAGUUAGUAUUUUAUAUCUAAUUUGUUGCAUAUAUGCAUAUGUUAUUACAUUUAUUAUUAUAUAAUUUAUAUAAUUAUUAUUGUAAUUUAUAUGAUUAUUAUUUAAUUCUCCGUAAAUAUCACUUUCUAACUCAGGAUUAUUUAUAUUUGUCGACUCAAGGCCAGGGUCCCUUUUGACCCGUUCCUCCUUUACCCCCUAGUCCUACUCUUUCUUUUCCUCCUUCAUAGCCGAGAGUGGAAAAGUAUUAUUGUUAUUUAUCUUCGAAAGCGAGAAAUUGUAAAUUGUAUAUAUUAUAUUAUGCAAAGGAAAACCCGCUCUGGCUGGAACGUAUUGCGUUUUAAAGACCGUAAAAUUUACGGUACCAUUUAUUGCAGGAUCUUAGAGCGAAGCGAGAACUACGAGAACAACUCAGUAAUGUGAUAUCUUUUUUCACUGCAAUUCGAAUUUAUUAAAUAUUUAAGCUAAUUCGUGACUUAAUCCUUCAAAGUACGUUUAGCUUGGUCGGAAAUUAAAACUGGUCACUAUUCCCCGAGCACUCGACUCGUUUCCCCGAUGCAUUUUUACAUUCUCGAGUUUUAUUCGUAUUUAUUCAAAUAGCAUAAUUGUACAGCAUAAAUAAUUAAUAUAGCGUAUACAUUAUGCGCGUUGCAUUUUACGGAACGAUGAGAUUUGAAAAGUGAUUACGAAUGAUGAUCGCGACAGCAAAUUAAUUCGUUGUGCUGCUUGUUAAACGCUACAUCUCGAAAGUCUAUGUUCUACGGUGAAUUUCUGACUUAAACUAGAGAUGACAUUGCGAAGGAUCUGGUGACUGUGCAUAUUUAGACGUACUACACUAAAUAAUCGUGAAUACUAUGCGAUGUUAUAAAAUAACCCAAACCGAUAGCGAUAACUUAAGUGUUAUCGUCAUUCGGAGCCGAUUAUGUACUGUUAAAUAACUACGACAAGAAAAAAAAAGGAUGUACUUACGAAGUAUGCGCAACGGAUAUAUAGAUACUUAAUCGCGUUGGUUUACUUGCGACGCUAUAGUUUGUGUUGAAAAGUAGCGGUUGUCAAAUAAAAUAUGUUUUUAAUGUA